AUGUUACCAUUGAGUCGUCACGGUCUCGGCCGCCCGCAUUCACCUGCUCCGGUACUGAUUGAGAGCAUCGCUACGGGCGUCCCCGACUGCAUGCGGAAGCAAUGUGACACUGCGCACCUGGUAGCGACUCAGUAUAACUCGAACCCAGAGCAACAAGAGCGCAUCCGACGUCUCUACGCGAAAACGUGCAUCGACAAACGUCACAUGGCUGUGGACCCUUUGAGCCCAACCUUCGACAGACACAUGUCCAUUCGGCAACGCAUGGACCUUUUCCUCGAGCAUGCGGUGCCUCUGGCGGUCGACGUCUCAUUGCGUGCCCUAGCCGGGAGUGGAGUAAAGAACCCAGCAGAGGAAGUUGGAUUACUGGUGCUGGUGACCAGCACUGGAUUUGUGGCUCCCGGCGUCGACAUCGCUAUUGCCAAGGGUCUACGACUCUCAGCAUCCGUGAGCCGCGCCGUGGUUAACUUCAUGGGGUGUGCAGCUGCCAUGAACGGGCUGCGUGUGGCAGCCGACUACGUGCGUUGUCGUCUCGGCUCAAAAGCGUUGGUGUGUUGUGUCGAGCUGUCCAGUGUGAAUGCUGUGUUCGCCGAUAAUCCUAACGAUGUCAUAAUUUCCAGCCUGUUCGGAGAUGGAUGCGCCGCCAUGGUAGUCUCGGGUAUCGGCCAGGAGCAGGCGAAGCACAAAUUACAGCCUGGGCAAGUCAUCGUUCACGACCAAUUCAGCUGUUUGGUGGAUGAUACUCUGGACGGAAUCAACCUCAGGGUCAAUCACAAUGGCAUAACUUGCGAAUUAUCACCAAAGCUACCCUCAUAUAUCUACGCCGGUCUGGCUCCAGUGAUCACCAAGGUGCUGAGCCGCCAUGGAAUGACCAAGUCUGAUGUACACUUAUGGGCGAUUCAUCCCGGUGGUCCAAAGAUUAUCCAAGAAUCGCUCCGUGCGCUUGACCUGGACAGUCGCGUGGCGGCAAAGAGUUGGGAUGCGCUAAGUGAAUUUGGGAAUAUGCUUAGUGUAUCCUUGCCCUUCGUGCUGCAACGAAUGGUCGCAGUGGCCAAUUUAGAGAGAACUAAUCAAACGGGCCUGGCUUUUUCCUUUGCCCCUGGAGUAACGGUGGAGGGAUUCCUCUUCGAAGUGGUUAAUCCGACCUCCGCCUCUGCCCUACGAUUAGUCAAUCGCCCCCGUUUAGGCUUGAAAACGAUUGCCCUUUCGACGCUGGGCUGCCUAGGACUCAGACGUCCCCGCUUCUGA